AUGGCUAGGAAAGCUGUAGAAAAAGUUGAACAGACCUUGUCUAAAUUAACAUAUGUUUUGGUUAAUUUAAACGUAAAUAAUGUGCAGUUAACUGGCGCUGUUGAGAAAAUGAAUGUUAAUAUAAAACGCAAUUUGAUUAAUUUAGGACCUGUUCCAUGUCAUAAAUGUGGAAAAAUUUAUAAAAAUAGAUGCACAGUAAUGGCCCAUCAGCGUUUGGAUUGCGGAAAGAAACGAACAUUCGUUUGCACGUACUGCAACAAGAGUUUCACACGUAAACAUAGCCUUAAGGGACACAUGGGAAUAACUUGUGCCCUUAUUCCCCGGGUAUCUGAUAAAAACGUACCCCUGCAAGAAUUGUACCAAGGUGUACAAGUAUUACACAGAUUUCAGGCACACAAAAUUCGCCGUGGAACCUUUGACUGGCAGGCACCUCUGUCCAAAUUGUCCAUUAUCUUACAAGCUAAGGAGGCACUUGAUAUACUGCACGAAAUCAGAGAAAUAGUUGCAAGAACGGAAUGCAAACUUUUCACACCAAAUGAUACACGACCAGACUCACAGAAUAUAUCAAAGUUAAUACCAUUGAAAACUGAAGAAGACGCCUUGUUACUGGAGGAAAUAUUAAGGAACGAGGAACAGCAACGAAUAUUGCAACUGAUACUAAAUGACUUACAAUUAGAACGAAAAGAUAGCAAGGAUUUUUUGACGAGUAUGCUAUCCAAAAUAUAUACGAAUAGGUUCGCCGUUAAAUGUUCUUGGCAUGGAGCUGGUAAACAUUUUAAAGUUGGAAAUACCAAGACCAUCGGAAUAAUCAAAGGUUAUCCAACCAAUAAAGAUAUAAUGGAUAUACUAAUCGAAAUUAAAGAAACAGUGGCAAGAACCGAAUAUAAACUUCUCACAAUAAAUAACCCACAAGACAACAGCGAUAUAUGUUUCAAAAAUAAUAAAGUUUCCCUAUCAAAUUCGAAGAGUUUAACAACGUUAUUACCAGUGAAGACUGUAGAAGAUGUCCUGAAACUGGAAGAAACAUUGAAAAAUGAGGAACAGCAACGAAAAUUGAAAGCAAUGCUAAAUGAAUUGGAAGGAAAAGAUUGCAGGAACUUAUUGGCGCGUAUGCUAUCCGAAAUAUUUACAAAUAAGAUAGCCGUUAAAUGUUCGUGGCAUGGAUACGGGGAACAUUUUAAAGUGGGAAAUACCAAAACCAUCGAAAUUAUAAAAGGUGUGGCACAAGAAUACACCUGCUUAAAGUGUUCCAAAACGUACACGAAAAAGCACUCCUAUUAUGUUCACGUGAGGUAUGACUGCGGUGAUAAAAGACUAUGCAAAUGUUUGUAUGAGGCCUGCACGUUCCAAUCUACAAGAACUGCCAAGAACGGCUCAGGAUACUUUUGCGAAAUCUGCAACACGUUGUUUUCUCGAAUGGACUAUGUUAAGAGGCACUACAUGGAACAACACGCUAAUGAAAAUAGAAUUUAUGAAUGUUCAAGGUGCCAGAAGAAGUUUAAGAGGACGCACCAUUUGAAACGACACUCUCUGACUUGCAUCGUGAAGCUGGAAGACAAAACAGAUUACCAGCAACAGUUCAACUGCUGCUUCUGUUUCUCUAAGUUGUACUCCUGCAGCUCUUGUAAUCGAGCGUACAAAUUCAAACGAGGUCUUCUGCAACACCAGAAAUACGAAUGUGGAAAACCCAAACAGUUCGCUUGUGCCAUCGAAGGCUGUGACUACAGAGCCAAAGUCAAAGGGAACGUUAAGCAGCAUUUAGUUAAGAAACAUAAAAUCAUGUUCACAACUUAUAAUUGA